GCGCAUGCUCGCAGCCGUUGGCAGGGCCAUUGGCUGGGCCGGAACCUGGUUUCAGGGCUAAGCACCCGGAGGAUAGUGUUGGGAGACGCACCGGACGUCGUCUGCUGGAGGAGCCGGGCGGCGAAGCUGUAACGGCGGUGGCGGCGACGGCGAGAGGCCGGGGCUGAGGCCGGGGCCGGUGCUGUGAGGGCCGUGGGGCUACAGGCGGCGGCGACCCGGGGCCCAAGCCCGGAGGCAGGAGCGGCCGCCAUGGCCGAGAGCAUCAUAAUCCGUGUCCAGUCCCCGGAUGGGGUGAAGCGGAUCACGGCAACAAAGAGAGAAACAGCUGCGACGUUUUUGAAAAAGGUGGCAAAGGAGUUUGGCUUCCAAAAUAAUGGCUUCUCAGUUUACAUCAAUAGAAACAAGACUGGAGAGAUAACAGCAUCUUCUAGCAAAUCCCUCCACUUGCUGAAAAUCAAGCAUGGCGAUUUGUUGUUCCUGUUUCCCUCAAACCUUGCUGGACCUUCAUCCGAAAUGGAGACGUCAGCCUCAGUAGGGUUAAAGGCCUUUGGCACUCCCAAUGUGGUGGAGGAUGAGAUCGAUCAGUACCUCAGCAAGCAGGAUGGGAAGAUCUACAGAAGCCGGGACCCACAGCUAUGCCGUCAUGGCCCCUUGGGAAAGUGUGUGCACUGUGUCCCGCUAGAGCCAUUUGAUGAGGACUACUUGAACCACCUGGAGCCUCCUGUGAAGCACAUGUCCUUCCAUGCCUAUAUCCGGAAGCUGACUGGAGGGGCUGACAAGGGAAAGUUUGUUGCCUUGGAGAACAUCAGCUGCAAGAUAAAGUCAGGGUGUGAAGGACACCUGCCAUGGCCUAAUGGCAUCUGCACCAAGUGCCAGCCCAGUGCUAUCACGCUGAAUAGACAGAAAUACAGACAUGUGGACAACAUCAUGUUUGAGAAUCACACUGUUGCUGACCGCUUCCUUGACUUUUGGAGGAAGACAGGGAACCAGCAUUUUGGGUACUUGUAUGGACGGUACACAGAGCACAAAGACAUUCCUCUUGGCAUCAGGGCGGAAGUGGCUGCAAUUUAUGAACCACCUCAGAUUGGUACACAGAACAGCCUGGAACUUCUAGAAGAUCCGAAAGCUGAGGUAGUUGAUGAGAUUGCUGCCAAACUUGGUCUAAGGAAGGUUGGCUGGAUAUUCACAGACCUCGUCUCAGAAGAUACCCGCAAGGGCACAGUCCGAUACAGUCGAAAUAAGGACACUUAUUUUCUGAGUUCAGAAGAGUGCAUCACUGCAGGAGACUUCCAAAACAAGCACCCCAACAUCUGUCGGCUCUCCCCUGAUGGCCAUUUCGGAUCCAAGUUUGUUACUGCGGUGGCCACAGGUGGUCCCGACAACCAGGUUCACUUUGAAGGGUACCAAGUGUCCAAUCAGUGUAUGGCACUAGUCCGCGAUGAAUGUCUGCUGCCAUGUAAGGACGCCCCUGAGCUUGGCUACGCCAAGGAAUCCAGCAGUGAGCAGUAUGUGCCUGAUGUGUUUUAUAAGGAUAUAGACAAGUUUGGCAACGAGAUCACUCAGCUGGCCCGGCCCCUACCUGUGGAAUAUCUGAUCAUAGACAUCACAACAACCUUCCCUAAGGAUCCAGUUUACACAUUUUCUAUUUCACAAAAUCCGUUUCCUAUUGAAAACCGAGAUGUACUAGGUGAGACACAGGACUUCCACAGUUUGGCCACCUAUUUGUCCCAGAAUACUUCAUCUGUGUUCUUGGAUACCAUUUCGGAUUUCCACCUCUUGCUGUUUCUGGUCACCAAUGAAGUUAUGCCUCUGCAGGACAGCAUCAGCCUGCUGCUGGAGGCAGUGAGGACCAGAAAUGAAGAGCUGGCACAAACGUGGAAGAAGUCUGAGCAGUGGGCCACCAUCGAGCAGCUGUGCAGCACUGUUGGUGUGCAGCUCCCAGGCCUCCAUGAGUACGGCGCUGUUGGAGGCUCCACACAUGCUGCCACUGCCACCAUGUGGGCCUGUCAGCACUGCACCUUCAUGAACCAACCCGGCACAGGUCACUGCGAGAUGUGCAGCCUUCCCAGGACCUAGGGCUCCGGCCCUCUGCUGGGUGGACUGGGCUAGCCCAGCCCUCUGAAGCCAGGAGUGUGAUGUGUCCCCUGUGUGGCCGAAGCCAGCAGCCCUGCAGGGGCAGGACCAGCUGCCCUGGUGUCUUGGACCCACCAAAGCUUCUCAGCUCCAAUCCUGGAGAGGUGGCUCUGGCAGGUGUGCUGGGCCUGAAUCCAGCCAGCCUUCCAACUGGAAAUGCCAAGCAGCCCUGCCCAGGAAUACCCUACACGCCUUGCGCAGUGCACAACCCCACCGUAGUGGAAGGAUCAGGCACCUCCACAUUAUCACCUGGGGUGGGGGUGCAGGGAGGGUGAUGGCUGCCACCAGCUUUCCUUUCCCCUCUUUUCAGUGUUUUUUGUUCUUCAUCCCUACCCUGUGUGGUUGGGAACUCUUGGCUGCCUCUGUUCUGUUGCUCUGGGGUAGAGGCCCCUGUCCAAGCGGGCCAUGUCCCUCCCAUGUGAGUGGCUGCUGUCUGGUGGGAACACAUGUGGCCAGGCCACACCCUCCUUGGCUUGACCUGCAAAUUAGCGGGCUGCCUUCCUUUCUCUCACCUAGCAACCAGGUGAGAUUUUAAAGUCUGCAUUGGUUGUAAUAAUCAGUACUUUGUGCCCCAGAAGACUUUUAUUUAUUGUUUUAAGAUAAAACUGCACAAAAGGGGAGGGAGAGAUACUAGACUGUUGUUCUCUUCCCUUUUUUAGUGCAGUCCUUCUGGGUGUUCAGGGUGGUGAGUAAACAGGGGCACUGUCAGUUCGCCUCGCAAACCUCAGUGCCUGAGACUUUUCUACCAAGCCACACAGCUGUGGCAGCUGAUGAUGUGGGUGGCUGAGCAAGAAUAGAGUCGUGGCCUUCACCUGGCAGGCAACCCCUCCAGACAGCUGGGAUGGGUGAGCUGUGGGGCCCUGGUCCUCUCUCCCCAACACUGUUCCUCUCCCCAUGGCCUCUUUGUGCUGUGUCUAUUGAAAUGGGCUUUGAGGGCCUGGGGAUAUAGCUCAGUGGCAGAGUGCCUGCCUGGCAAGUGCAAGGCCCUGAGUUCAAUUGCCGGUACCAAAAAAAAAAAAAAAAGAAAUGGGCCUUGAAGAGAGGGCCUUGUGAGACCUCUGGGGCUUAGGCAGUUGAUACUAUGGGAGGUCCACAAAUCCAGAACAGGUCCCAGUGGUUAUGAGUGUGCCAUGUGGCUGUGGUUUGGCCCUUUCCCAGGCGAGCUGUGAGCAUUUUAAUGCCUCUUUUCCUUAAUGAGAGCCAAAUCAGCUGUGCUGGCCCUGGAAAAGGCCAGCCCAGUGGUGGACAGUUGGGAAACUGUCACCUUGGAGUAGCAAGCCCAUGAAGCACCCCCCAGUCCUUGGUCCUGUAGACAGAAAAACCUGGCCUGCUUGCUGUACCAUGGCAGGGGUGUGGCUGGUACCCUAGUCUGCUUGCUGUGGGAUCUUGUGAAGGCUGAUAUUUCAUUUGCUCCUGGGGCUAUGGGCCUGUUGUGUUUAUGUCAGGCCAGGGCUUUUGGAGGGGGUGGUGUCAGAGGAGGUAGAAGGUAGCCAGGCGAGUAGUCUGUCUGCUGGUGUGCUGUGGGGAUCAUGCCAAGUCAGGUUGUUUGGCCUGCCUCCUGACAGCUAGCUUCCUUGGCUGGGGUUUUGUCCUCCACUGUCUUACCUGGGCCCUAAGAUCAGCUGAGAUGAUUCUAUGCUGAUUGCUUACCUGUUUCCAAGGCCAUUCAUCUCCAGCACUGCUGCCCCUUCUAAGCAGGCGCCAGACAGUGCAGACUUCCAGAGACCUUGCUGCCACCACUACUAUUGUCUCCUCUUCCCACUCACUCUUGUGUUUAUCCACCAAACUCAUUUCCUUUCCUCCUCAAUCAAUAUUUUUCUUACUCUGAAGUUCUGGCAUCUACAUAGUUCUUGUUUUCUUUUGUCUUUUCGCUAAAGAAAAGUGUUGUGAUUUCUCUGCUUAUGGUUUUGAGUUACUCUUUGUUCAGUAAUGCACUUUAUUUUAUUGUCCAAAGAGAGUCAAUCUAAUGUUACCAGCUAGGCUGAGCCCUGCCAAGGGUUAGGCCUGAGUGGUCACAUCUUACACGGGAGUGGCUCCAGCCCCACCUUACAUCCCCUGUGGUCACCCCCGCUCAUAUCAGCAGGUACCAUAGCCCAGAGAGGAGUGCCUGAGCGCACAUCUGUCCAGGUGAACCACAGCAGCUGUUGAGAUCCCAUCCUGGCCCAAAGGUGGAGUCUGGCCCUGCCCACCCAGCCCACCUCUGACAGUCUGCUCCUGGGACAUAGGUGCUCCGCUUCAGCUCUGCUUUGGGCUCACAGGUGUGUGUUGGCUGGAUUUGGACUAGCAUUACCUUGACCCCAGCCUUGCAGUGGAACCUAAUAAAAAGCGCCUGAAGCGACUGCCCCA